UAUUAGUUCGGUGACUUUAUUUAUAAGGAAAUUCAUUUCUAUAGAAGGCAAUGAGAGUUUGACACAAAAUGGCAUUCCAGAGGCGACUAGUUUCCAGUAACGAUCCAACGCGUGACAGCUUCAGUUCCUCUGCCUGUUGUCGAAACUGUAAGCAGUAAACGCAGCUGGCUAAUUUCCUGCUAAGUUAAGUUCAAUGAAAGCGAAAUUCACGGGCGCUUGCAGUCACCGGAGUCUACAUUUUUUUUCUUCUCGGUUGACUAACAAGGUAAUAUCAUUCAUUAAAGUGUGAUGAGCCAGUUGCUGAAAUUUUAAAAGGAGCUUCGACAGUUACUACAAAUAAGAUCGAUGGCCAGUCUUACGGAUUACCUGAAGGAUGUCAGGGGUCGGGCGGAGGUCUGUCUGUCAUCCACAGGCUCCGCCCCUGACGUGCAGUCCAUCGUGCAGGAGAUGGCGAACAUCCCCCUCCCCCUCUUGGCCAAGUACCGGCUCCUUAACGUGGCAGAGUUGUUGAGGGAGAACUGUGCUGGGCCAGACAGGAAGGAGAGCAUAGCCUCCCUUCUGAGGGCCUUGAGCAUCCUGGAGAAGUACGGCUUUAACCUGGCCAACCCCAAACGGCCCAAGUAUUGGCGCACAGUCAAGCACAACAAUCCCAUCUUCAGGACCACCGUUGAUGCCAUCAAGGGUGGCCGAGUUGCAUUGCAUCUGUAUGGCUACACCAUUCAGCAGUCAGAUGGUCUCAGCUUCCCUGAUGAUGUCACAGAUCCUGAUAUUGAGAAGGUUGCCGCGGUGACCGUGGAGAUCAUGGCCUUGCAUACGGAGCUGGAAUUGUUUAUCAAGGACACUCACCAACACCCAGAAUUUCUUGAGAGAAUUCUUACUGGCCAGCAGGGGGCAGCAUCUGCACAGGAAAAGCCUGCGCUGGUCAGGGAGGACCCCGCCUCCAGUGAGAAGCAACAGUUGGAGAGCAAGACCAAGCCCUGUAAGCCCCCCGUUCCCCCGAAACCCACUGAGAAGCCAGGAACAACUCCAGCCCUCCCAACCCCCGCUGCUCACACAGGAGUGGUCUGCUCUUUGUGUGGCAGCAGUCCCUCUUUCUGUUGUCCUUCCUGUAAAUCGCAGUUCUUCUGUGAGAAAUGUGAUGAAAUUUUCCAUCGCCACCCAGACAGAACCAAUCACACGAGAGAUAAAAUCCUGGCCCUAAAACCAGACAAUUGCCCCAUCUGUGGAACCUGCCCAGCCUUGGCUUACUGUCCUAAGUGCACCCAGGGGUUGUGUUUGGAAUGCGACGAACGGUACCACACCCACCCAGACCGGAAGGACCACCAUCGAAUCCAAACAGGUGGUGGCACACCCCUGAACCCCAUCAGCCCUGCCAGCAUCCCUGAGCCAGAUGCCACCUGCAAACGCGCCCGCCUUUCCAGUGCUGCCCCCGCUGUCCUGGAGGAGUCAUCGCAGCCAGUCUCCAUUGCAGAAUGGCAGUGUCAGAGCUGCACUGUGAUGAACUCAGGGAGCAGCGUUUUGUGCUCGGUGUGUGAGCGCCCCCGUCUAGCCACCCGCCCCCCCGCAGCGCCCCAGCAGCUUUCCUCGCCGGUCUGCGAGACGUCCCAGAUCCCUGGCAAGCAGUGGACGUGCCAGGCCUGCACCUACGUCAACUCCGCCCCCUCCACGGACUGCGAGGUGUGUGACUCGCCCCGGUCAGGCGCUGCCGGCUCCGCGGCCAGACUCCCCACGCCGUCGCCCGUCCGCGACUUCGUCCCGCCGCCCGUCCAUCCCGUGGCCCCGCCCAGGCAGGACUUGGAUUUGACGAGGCAGAGAGUGAUGAAGGAGGAGGGUCUGAAGCUUAUCCAGCACAUUCGGGAGGGCGACAAGAAGGGAGUGAGCCCGGAGGAGGUGUACGCGGCCAUAUGCGUUUCCAGGGGCAGCAACGUGAACCCCUGUGAUUGGCUGAAGUCUGAGCUGCCCCACCUCCUGGAUGAAAUCUGUGCCAUGGCAGCCUCUCUUCAGCAGGACUACAAAACAGGGGAUUCUGGGCCACUGGGGGAGUUACGGGGCCCAGCUGACCCAGCUGUGCAGCUGUCCAGGGCCGAAGCCAAGCAGGCCUGGGUGGCAGCAGGUGGCGACACUGAGAAAGCAGUCAAGCACCUGCUGAGGAGCAGACGCGCCAAGGUGCGGGAGCUCCGCUCUCUGGGCUUCGUCGAGGAGGCCGCGUGCGAGGAGGCGCUGAGGCUGAGCGGCGGGGACCUGCAGGGUGCGCUCGCCCUCCUACAGCGCCCCCUGAUGGAGGCCUUCCACCAGCGCGUGUGGAGCAAGGAGCCACCGGCCAGGAUCGACCCCCACCACCCGGAUAAGCAGUGGCUGUGCCGGCGGCUGCUUGCACUGUAUGACCUGCCCAGCUGGGGGCGCUGUGAGCUGGUCCUGUCCCUUCUGCAGGAACCUGAGGUCCAGUACAGCCUGGAGGACGUGCUGCAGGUUGUCAGAGAGUCGUCGGACCGAGACUUCAUCAAACGCACCCUCAAUAACGAGUGUCCCGUCUGUACGGAAUCCUUUCCCAAAAACAAGAUGGAGCCUCUGACCGCCUGCGAGUGCUCGGUGUGCUGCGAUUGCUUCCGGAUGCACUUCACCAUCGCGGUGCGAGACAAGCACAUCAGGGACAUGGUGUGUCCCGUCUGCGGCGAGCCCGACAUCAACGACCACGAGCGCCUGGAAGUGUACUUCUCCGUCCUCGACGCCCAGUUGAGGGAUUGCCUGGAGAAAGAGGUGUAUGAGCUCUUCCACAAAAAGCUGACUGAGCACGCCCUUAUGAAGGACCCCAACUUCCGCUGGUGCACCCACUGCUCCUUCGGCUUCAUCUACGACGGGAUCCAGCUGAAGGUCCAGUGCCCGCAGUGCGACGAGAGCUUCUGCUCCAAGUGCAGGAAGCCCUGGGAGCCUCAGCACACGGGCCUUACGUGUGAACAGUUCCAGACGUGGAAGAGGGAGAAUGACCCGGAGUACCAGAGGCAGGGCCUGGUGGGGUACCUGCGGGACAAUGGCAUCACCUGUCCGGGUUGCAAGUUCCAGUAUGCACUCAGUAAAGGAGGCUGCAUGCACUUCAGCUGCUCUCAGUGCAGAUACCAGUUCUGCAGCGGCUGCAACAACCCUUACCACAAGACGGCCUGUGAGGGGUGCGCUAUGACGGGCCUGCAUGCUCACCACCCCCGGGACUGCCUCUUCUACAUGAGAGACUGGGAGCCAGAACGACUGCAGGCCCUGCUCCAGAUGAACGCUGUGGCGUUCAACAUAGACCCUCCAAAUGGAGCUGUGGCAGGCGAGUGUGGAGUGAUGGAGCAGAAGGAGGAUGGUGAUCGGCAGGUAGACUCCGCCUGUGGACUGAAAGCUGAGCCUGGGCAGGCAGGCCUCUGCCAGAAGCACUACGGAGAGUACCUGGUCAGCCUCAUCAACGGCCACUCCAUUGACCCCGCCACGCUCUUCGAUGGGAAGGAGGUGCUGGUGGCGUGUCGGAGAUACGGUGUCGACGUCCCUCAAGGAGAGGCGGAGGAGGAGGAGGCGUACAUUGCCCGACUGAAGGAGAAGCUGAUGAGUGACGUCCCCCUGGGAGACAAGGUGCCUCGGAUGAAAUGAAGAAUGAAAGCAGCCCUUU